AUGGGUUCUUGGAUUUUAUCCUUCAAAGUGUUUCUAAUUUCAUUUGGGCUUGUUUCUUUUGCUUUGGGGAUUAAAUUCUCGACUUCUUUCAUUGUACAAUUCACAUGUAAUCAAGCAUCUGUAAUUUGGUUCAUCGUUGUGUCAUUUCUAAAGCCUCCUUAUUUAUAUUUUACUGUAAAUGGCAUCAUCAUCACUAUCAUCGCCUCCUUGAGGAAUCACAUAGUUACAUCUGAGCCGUUAGUUUUAGUCGACAAAGCACCUCCGCCAGUUCCGUAUGAGAUCAAAACUAUUGUGGAAACCCCACUGCCGGCGUACGAUAGUGAAGACGAGAUCGUGGAGUUGAAGCCCGUGCUAAUAAAUGGCGUAAAAGCUGAUUUUGAUCAAAAUGAAGAAGAAACUGGUGAUAUUGAUACUGAGUACGAAUCUGAUGGUGACGAUGAGCUUGAUAUCUCGAGUUCUGCGUGCACUCCACCGCAGAAGAUAAUUCAUCGGAAGGUUCAAUCGGAGUCUCUGUUGCCUGAGAAGCCUUUGGUUUGUUCGGAGUUCGGUCAUCGGAGCCCUAACAGAGCCAAUCCUGAAGGUGAAUGUGAGAGCACUAAGGUUGACGGAGCUGGAGGGGUACGCAACACUGGAGAGCACGUGGAAGAUGAUAACUGA